GGUUGGGAAGAUGGCGGCUCCCAGCCUCCUCCACUGGAGGCGGGUUUCCUCCUCCACAGGGCCGGUGCCCCGCGCCCGGCACGGACACCGCGCCGUGGCCAUCCGGGAGCUGAUGAUCAUCUUCGGGGGCGGCAACGAGGGCAUCGCGGACGAGCUGCACGUCUACAACACCGCUACGAAUCAGUGGUUCCUACCAGCUGUUAGAGGAGACAUCCCACCAGGCUGUGCUGCCCAUGGAUUUGUCUGCGACGGGACCAGGAUAUUGGUGUUUGGGGGAAUGGUUGAAUAUGGAAGAUACAGCAAUGAGUUAUAUGAGUUACAGGCAAGUCGCUGGUUGUGGAAGAAGGUGAAGCCCCAUCCCCCACCUUCUGGUUUACCUCCCUGCCCUCGGCUGGGACAUAGUUUCUCUUUGUAUGGCAACAAAUGCUAUUUGUUUGGUGGUCUGGCAAAUGAAAGUGAAGAUUCAAACAAUAACGUUCCAAGAUAUUUAAAUGAUUUCUAUGAGCUGGAGCUGCAGCAUGGUUCUGGCGUUGUGGGUUGGAACAUCCCAGUCACGAAGGGGCUUGUGCCUUCUCCAAGAGAAUCCCACACGGCUGUCAUAUACUGCAGAAAGGGUUCUGGGAGCCCUCAGAUGUUUGUUUUUGGAGGAAUGUGUGGUGCUCGCCUAGAUGACCUAUGGCAGCUUGACAUCGAAACUAUGUCAUGGUCAAAACCAGAAACUAAAGGAACAGUGCCACUUCCACGAAGCCUUCACACAGCCAGUGUUAUAGGAAACAAGAUGUAUAUCUUUGGAGGAUGGGUCCCACAUAAAGGCGAAAAUAUGGAGACUUCACCUCAUGAUUGUGAAUGGAGGUGUACCAGUUCAUUUUCUUACCUAAAUCUAGAUACGGCAGAAUGGACCACCCUAGUAUCAGAUUCUCAGGAAGAUAAAAAAAAUUCAAGACCAAGGCCUAGAGCCGGACACUGCGCUGUUGCAAUUGGCACUCGGCUGUAUUUUUGGAGUGGAAGAGAUGGCUACAAAAAAGCACUGAAUAGCCAAGUUUGCUGCAAGGAUCUCUGGUAUCUUGAUACUGAGAAACCGCUGGCGCCAUCCCAGGUGCAGCUGAUCAAGGCCACCACCAGUUCUUUCCAUGUGAAGUGGGACGAGGUGCCCACGGUGGAGGGCUACCUUCUACAGCUGAACACGGAUUUGCCGUACCAGGCUGCCUCAGCAGAGUCCUCAGCAGCGCCGAGUAUGCCAGGAGGGAGGGCGGAGCCCCACCGACAAGGCGGCAGCGGCACCCUUGCUCACGGUAUCAGUGACACAAUAAAUAGUGCAGAAACCGAGCGCACAGCCGCGAAAGGAAUUUCAGUGAGAAACAAAGCAGAUUUCAAAGCAGCAGAUUUGAAAGCCACGUCACAUUCACCUCUGGCGUCUGGUGCUUCUAAUCAUAGUAGCUGUGUGGCGGAUGUGCUAAGGAAAAACGAAGGUCCUCACACUUCAGCAAAUGCAAGUGUGCUAAGUAGCUGCCUGGACUUGAGAACAGUCAUCCCAGAAACUUCCGUGUCCGGGACUGUUUCCGGUGCUCAAACUUUGAUAGCCCAGCACACCAUUAAAACCGAGUCGCCCAGUACCAAUGGGGCAGUUGUUAAAGAUGAGACUGCACUGACGGCACUCAGUACCAAAGCCGAAGUUGAUGAAACAUGUGUUCUACCUGCCACUAAGAUCAGCCGUGUGGAGAUCCACGCCACAGCCAUGCCACUCUCUAAAGAGACACCGUCCAUUCCAGUGGCCACAGUGAAAGCAGGAGAACGACAGUGGUGUGACGUGGGGAUCUUUAAAAACAACACUGCAUUGGUAAACCAGUUCUACUUGCUGCCGAAGGGAAAGCAGGGGGCUUCCAAGGUAGAAAAUGCAGAUGUUCCUGACUACAGUUUACUUAAGAAACAAGAUCUUGUUCCAGGCACAGCGUACAGAUUCAGGGUUGCUGCAAUCAAUGGUUGUGGAAUAAGCCCUUUCAGCAAAGUUAGUGAAUUUAAAACUUGUAUUCCCGGUUUUCCUGGAGCUCCUUCUGCUGUCAGAAUUUCAAAGAACGCUGAAGGCAUCCACCUUUCCUGGGAACCUCCAACCUCCCCCUCCGGAAAUAUUUUGGAGUACUCCGCCUACCUGGCUAUCCGCACAGCGCAGAUACAGGACAACCCGAGCCAGCUCGUGUUCAUGAGAAUCUACUGUGGUCUUAAGACUUCGUGCACAGUGACCGCGGGGCAGCUCGCCAACGCGCACAUCGAUUACACAUCCAGGCCUGCCAUCGUGUUCCGCAUCUCGGCCAAGAACGAGAAGGGGUAUGGACCGGCGACACAAGUGCGAUGGCUUCAAGGUAACAAUAAGAAAGCGCCUUUGAAUUGAAUUGAAUUGAGUUUUUUUUUACUGACCCUAUUGUGAUGGCACUUAUUUAUUAGCAACUGGUUAUGAAGAUUUGUCAUUUAAAAAAUGUUCUCCGACUGUAUUUCCAGCAGUUAUAAAUUUGAGUUUGUAAGUUGUUCUUAAAAUGUAUGUGCUCAACUGUAGAUCCAAAUAAAAAUAGAAAAGAAGCAAGGACUCUGAAAAUUAGUAUAUGGAGUCUUCCUUAUAUGUAUAGCUGUUUUACAAAGAAAAACAAUAAAACCAAGAUAAAGCUAGAAGGUUUAUCACCCUGACACCUUUCUACAGCUGCGUAGCUCAGUCUUCCUAGCAGCUGGCUGCUGUUCAUUUUCCUGUCUGAGAAAGUACCGUCCCCUGCGCUGCAGGCGCCCUGCGUCCAAGUGCUCCCUCCGACCGCUCUGCGUGAGUGGUGGCUUUCCAGCUGUCUUUUGUUGGAUAGUAUUUGUUAGGCUGAUUUCAGUGGACAUCGGAGUCCUUUCUUCAUUCACUUGUAGCACAGAGCUUCACCAAGACAGAGAAGGGCAAGCUUAGAGACUCUGCUUUGAAUGUUGAUUACUUUUCCAGAAUCAUGGCAAGACACAAAAAGAACAAAGGGUAGUCUCAAUUACCCAGCCCGAUAUACUUGAGGGUAUUUUUGGCUAAAGCACACACUAUAUGUGGCCCUUAAGCUCCUCCUUAAGCGACAAGGGGCCCACCUUUCAGGUCUCUUUUGGCAGACUAUAUCCCUUUUCAUGUGCUUAUUGGCCCUAACUCCUUUUAAUGAAAUUAAAACCUUCAUGAUUUAAAAAUUUAGAAUUAAAGUAUAUGUCCUCUUACUGCAGAAAGAAGCACCUUAAUAAGACCUAAGUUUGGAAUAGUGUUUUAAACAUUUGUAAGAUUUUGUAAAUGCUGUAGAUGUUUUAUUUUUGCAUUAUUUUUACCUCAAAAUCGUAUAAACUUUUUUAUAAUAGAAUUAUAAGCAUUAGACAGCUUACUCAGGUUCCUUACAACCUUAAAAAUUAGGUAAGAGUUAUAAACACUCUGCUGUAGGUAACUUGUUUAAAACCUUUAGGAACUUCAUGGUUCCACCGCCUAUUCAAAUCUGGAAUAAAUAUACACGGAGCAAUAAUUGCAGAAAAGCUAUUGCAGACCAGAACUGUAGUAGCUGCUCGGCCCGGAUCUGUAAUUCGUACCGCAUAACCGAAGGCCGGUGUAGGUUGACUGAGUAGCUGCGUCGUCCAACUGUAUGUACCAUAGCCCCGGCGAAGACGGGGCUCGAUGUGCAGAAUUGAUAUGUAUGCAUGCUCCAGUUACUAAUUUAAAGUGUAUAGAAUAUUUUAAUAUAUAAUUUUUGUAAAGAACUGGGAUUUUUAUAUUACAGUAUUUGUAAUUAAUGUGUCUCACUAAUUUUCUCUAGCAGAAAAUAUGCAGACUGUUAGACACAUACUGAGUGGUUUCUGAGCUCUAGAGAUAAAAUAAAUGCACUGCUAUGGUGAUGUUAAAAAAACUGUC